AUGUCGGAGAAGGUAGGAGCAUAUGGGAAUAAGGCCUCUGAGACCGGAUUCCGUCGUAGAUGGGACAAGGAAGAAUACGCUCAAAAGGCCAAGGAGAAGGAUGAGGAUGAGCGCAAGCGGAUGCAGGAGAACGAUGAGCUGAUGAAGAAGGGUAAACGACCUCGCAAACAUAAGGAGGAGCUUCCCAAGCCCACCGAACUCAUGAAACAACGAGAACAUGAUCUUGAACUAAGCAAGAACUUAAAUAAAACAAUGAUUGUUCAGAAUGCAGGAGGGAGAGGCCCAGGGCAGCCUGGUUUCUACUGCGAUCUCUGUCAGCGAACAUUGAAAGACACUUCAGCGUAUUUAGACCACGUCAACAGUCGGCAACAUCUUCGGAGAUUAGGGCAGACCACGCAAAUUGCUAGGUCAACUCUCGACCAAGUACGAGCCCGCAUUGCACUAUUACGAGAGAAAACUAAGGAGGCAUCAACUGCGCGAUCGUUUGAUUUCGAGAAACGUCUACAGGAAGUGCGGGACACCGAGGAGCAAGCGCGAGCUGAAAAGAAGCGCAAGAAGCAAGAGAAAAACAAACCUGCCGAAACUGAGGCAGUUGAAAAGACCGAAGAGGAAGAGUCCAUGGCUGCUAUGAUGGGUUUCGGUGGGUUUGGAUCGUCCAAGAAGUGA